AUGCAAGGCCCAUUGUACAUCGGUUUCGACCUUUCCACCCAGCAACUCAAAGCUCUAGUCGUCAAUUCCGACUUGAAAGUCGUCUACGUCUCUAAGUUCGACUUCGACGCUGACUCCCGCGGCUUUGCCAUCAAAAAAGGUGUGAUCACUAAUGAAGCUGAACAUGAGGUCUACGCCCCCGUGGCAUUGUGGCUCCAGGCCCUGGACGGCGUCCUUGAGGGUCUGAAGAAGCAAGGCUUAGAUUUCGCCCGUGUAAAGGGCAUCAGCGGUGCUGGACAGCAGCACGGAAGUGUCUACUGGGGACAGGAUGCGGAGCAUCUCCUCAAGGAAUUGGACUCUGGCAAGUCCCUGGAGGACCAGCUGAGCGGGGCCUUCUCUCAUCCGUAUAGUCCCAACUGGCAGGAUUCCAGUACGCAGAAGGAAUGUGAUGAGUUCGAUGCCUUCCUGGGCGGCGCAGACAAGUUGGCAGAUGCUACAGGAAGUAAAGCACAUCAUAGAUUCACUGGUCCCCAGAUCCUCCGCUUCCAGAGGAAAUACCCAGAAGUAUACAGAAAGACCUCCCGAAUCUCGCUUGUCUCCUCCUUCCUCGCAUCCCUUUUCCUGGGCCACAUCGCCCCCUUUGACAUCUCCGACGUCUGUGGCAUGAACCUCUGGAACAUCAAGCAAGGUGCCUAUGACGAGAAGCUCCUGCAACUCUGUGCCGGCCCUUCCGGCGUGGAAGACCUCAAGCGCAAGCUCGGUGCCGUUCCCGAAGACGGCGGCAUCAAUUUAGGCCAAAUUGACCGCUACUACAUAGAACGCUACGGCUUCAGCUCAGACUGCACCAUCAUCCCAGCAACUGGCGACAACCCAGCCACCAUCUUGGCUCUGCCAUUGCGUCCUUCCGAUGCAAUGGUCUCCCUGGGUACCUCCACCACCUUCCUCAUGUCUACUCCCAACUAUAUGCCCGACCCAGCCACACAUUUUUUCAACCACCCCACCACAGCUGGCUUGUAUAUGUUCAUGCUCUGCUACAAGAACGGCGGUCUAGCUCGCGAACAUAUCCGUGAUGCCAUCAAUGAUAAACUAGGCAUGGCCGGAGACAAAGACCCGUGGGCUAGCUUCGAUAAGACCACACUGGAAACUGCACCCAUGGGCCAGAAAAAGGAUUCUGAUCCAAUGAAGAUGGGCCUUUUUUUCCCUCGGCCGGAGAUCGUCCCGAAUCUGCGGGCUGGGCAGUGGCGGUUCGAUUAUAACCCUGCUGAUGGUAGUCUGCAUGAGACGAAUGGUGGGUGGAACAAGCCUAUCGAUGAAGCUCGUGCUAUCGUCGAGAGUCAAUUCCUUUCUCUUCGCUUGCGCUCUCGCGGUCUUACCACCAGUCCUGGACAGGGUAUGCCCGCUCAGCCGCGACGGGUGUAUCUCGUCGGUGGUGGAUCGAAGAAUAAGGCUAUUGCGAAGGUGGCAGGUGAGAUCCUUGGUGGAAGUGAUGGGGUAUAUAAGUUGGAGAUUGGCGAUAAUGCCUGUGCGCUGGGAGCGGCCUACAAGGCCGUCUGGGCACUGGAGAGGAAGGACGGACAGACGUUUGAGGACCUGAUCGGACAGCGGUGGAAGGAGGAAGAUUUCAUCGAGAAGAUUGCAGAUGGAUAUCAGAAAGGCGUGUUUGAGAGGUAUGGGGCUGCCGUUGAGGGAUUCGAGAAGAUGGAAUUGCAGGUUCUGAAACAGGAGGGCGAGACACGGUGA